AUGACAGGUUACACAAGAUUUGUUACACCUUUGUUGUUUCUAUUCACUCUAGCAAGUGCUGCACAUCGUGUUAUUUUUCUUCGACCCAAUAGCACGAGUUUAUUAUGUCAGUUUGUGUCGGGCUACACUAGCCCUACGCUUUUUCUUUCGCAACACCAAGAACCGUUCAUCCAGGCUGAAAUUAAAUCUACUAUAAAAAGAUUUAAAGGACUCAGAAAUAUCUAUGUUCGUGAGGAAAUGACUUUCCCGUCACUGGUGUGGGACGUGGAUGUCAUCUUCGUCUCCAAGCCAGACUUGCAGCUCGCUAACAUUGACACUGGCACAGAGCUUGGAAAAUUCAAUCUGGAUGAAGUUCUGGCCGGGAACAUCAACCAAUCAGCGAUUAUGUCUUUCAAACUUACUCCAGAAAAUAAUGUCACUGGGCGUUAUUCCGUACCUUCCACUGGAGAGUACUGUGCGCUGAUGACUUUGAAUUUGAACACCAAAGUGGACGAUGCAUACAUGAUAACUGUGUUUGACUAUCGACAGUCUCACGGAGAGUUGGAAGGAGAGGAUCACAAGCAUAUGUACAUCUAUGUUUUCAGCAGCUUCGUCUACUUCGUCGGUUCUGCCUUGUAUUUCUACUACGCUUUUCUCGGCAGAGAAAAUACGGCAAAUGAUCGGCCUGCUAUUGGCGAGAAGAGAACACAACAGCAAAAUGGGGAGAUUCGGCUUCGUAUCAUGGUAUACUUGCUUGGUAGCUCCCUAGUCUAUCUUUCAUCAGCCUGCCACUUGUACCUCUUGAACAGGGAUGGUUAUCUGAAUAUCAGUUUCAAAGGAGAUCUGCUUGAGUUUGCUACUUUGUCAUUAUCGACUUUGUUUUUUUGCUGGGCACUGUACAAUCUGCUGUUGAUGUCAUCGGGAUAUCUUUUGAUGUCUGGAAGUGAAGGCCAGCACCUUAGUUGGUUCAUGAAAUUGAUGGUGAUCACCACUUUUAUCGGUGGCUUGAUUUUGGAUUAUCGGUCUCUCUCUCGUGAGCGGAAUUUCCACCCCGAGUUUUCGGACACACUGGGGGAGUUUUUAGUGCUGGAAUAUUUUGUUUGUUUUGUCUUUGGGACCUACUUAUCUGUCAAGACAUUUUGCGCUUUACAUUUGCAAGGAAGGGACGCAACUGCGAACAAAUUCAUGGCAGCGGUGAUAAUAGCAUUUUAUCAAUUGGGCUUGAUGAAAUCGGCCAUGAGGUAG